UGAAAGGUUACAACCCAUCAGGCCUUGCGCGGAAACAUGGCGGCGUCCAUACUGACUCAGGCUGUGUCCGGGGCCGGUCUGUCAUGUCUCCGCCGCCGUACCGGCCUCCGGUGCCUGAGUGCUCCUGCCGGCUGGGGCAAACGGCAAGGGCAACAGGUCCGGAAAGAACCCCCUGAAAUCCCGGGCCUUGAGCGCAUCACGUACGCUGAUCGUAUGUACUAUCUCCCGUGGCUGGCACGUCCCCGGUUCCCGGACUUUAAGAAGGACUGGUCAGACCCUUUUCACUACCGGGCUCCUGCCCCGGAGGAAAUGAAGUUGUAUAAAGAGCGGCCGUCCUUUGUGUUUCAACGAAGCUGCCGUUUGCUGGGCGGGGUAAAACAAGCACUAUGGCUGACCAAGACGAAGAUGAUUGAAGGCUUACCACAGAAGAUAUUGAGCAUUUGUGAAAAUCCAGACUAUCAGUUCCCGAACCAUGAAGAGUUGGUGCACAAUACUAUAGCCCAAGCGUGUUUAUGGAGCAACACUGAAGAGCAGCCCAUCAGAGAGGAAUACUGCCCUAAACUGUUACAAGGCCUGCUGCAUUUGUGUCGGACGCAGAACAGUAAAUUCCCGGCGCUUUCUGAAAGAAGCAUGGUUGAGAACUGUCGUCUGUCAACUUACUGGCAAAGGGGUUCUGACACUUUUCAUGUGCGAGGGAUCAGCGGCUUUCUUCUAAAUGCCAAAGCCCCACUGUCUCCCCUGGCCUCGGAGAGCGAGAUUCAGGACACUGUGCCCCAUAAACUGGAAUCCCUGUACCCCAUAUCUCCUGCUAUUGACCUUCAGGAAGUCAAUGUAUACAAGAACCACAAUGAUUUAGGGUUCAAAGAGGGUUACCCGUUCCCUGACCCUCACACCAUAUUCAUUAUGGAUCCGUGUAGCACCAAAGCCAGAUUCCUGCCAGACCAGCUCCGGGCCAAGAUGAUCAUGCUAGCAUUCGGCAGCGCUUUGGCUAAAGCUAAGAUUCUGAAUGGGGAGGAAUCAAAGGUCUUGAAGCAGCCAGUCUAUGUUCAAGGUAUUGCAACUGAUGGACAGCUCUUCCACUUCGUGGCAUUCCAGCUGAACACGCUGGAUCUGGAGUCUGAUGAUGGCGUUAAAAAUCUUGUCUGGAUUGAUGCUGACCAGCCGUUAUACGAUACCGCCUUCCGUGUUCCACAAAUGAAGAGGAAAGUUGUUCUGGCACCUGCUGGAGUGUCUGGUUUACGGCCAGAAACAUUUCGAAAGUUUUGGGCAAUGUACCUCCAUGGAGCAGUCUGAGGUCAUGUUUCUCAGUUUUCAUUUUGUAUAUGAACUAAAUAAAUAAUUUAAAGUUGUUGUAUACCA